AUGCGACCUGUACUGUACUACACUUGUACUACACUGUACUACGACCUGUACUGGAACUACUUUGCAAGUCACUUUUUCAUGGGAGGUGAGAAGUUUGACACCCCACAUCCUGAGGGUUACCUCUUUGGGGAGAACAUGGAUUUAAACUUCCUUGGGAAUAGACCAGUUCAGUUUCCUUAUGUAACCCCAGCACCACAUGAACCUGUGAAGACCCUGAGAAGUUUGGUGAACAUCCGCAAAGACUCGCUCCGUCUUGUGAGGUACAAAGAUGAUGUGGACAGUCCUGUGGAAGAGAAUGGGAAGCAGAAAGUCUUAUACAGCUUAGAAUUCACAUUUGAUGCUGAUGCCCGUGUUGCCAUCACAAUCUAUUGCCAGGCUACAGAGGAAUUCAUCAGUGGCAUGGCAGUAUACAGCACAAAGAAUCCUUCUCUGCAGUCUGAGACAGUUCAUUACAAGAGAGGGGUGAGCCAGCAAUUCUCCCUGCCUUCCUUCAAGAUCGAUUUCUCAGACUGGAAGGAUGAUGAGCUGAAUUUUGACUUGGAUCGUGGCGUGUUCCCUGUGGUUAUUCAAGCUGUCGUGGAUGAAGGGGAUGUGGUGGUGGAAGUUACUGGUCACGCUCAUGUUCUCUUGGCUGCCUUUGAAAAGCACGUUGAUGGCAGUUUCUCUGUGAAGCCUUUGAAACAGAAACAAAUUGUGGAUCGGGUGAGCUACCUGCUUCAGGAGAUCUAUGGCAUCGAGAACAAAAACAACCAGGAGACCAAGCCUUCUGAUGACGAGAACAGUGACAAUAGCAAUGAGUGUGUUGUGUGCCUGUCUGACCUGCGAGACACCCUCAUCCUGCCUUGCAGGCACCUGUGCUUGUGUAAUUCCUGUGCUGACACCCUGCGCUACCAGGCCAACAACUGCCCUAUCUGCCGUCUGCCUUUCCGUGCCCUGCUGCAGAUCCGAGCUGUGAGGAAGAAGCCUGGGGCUUUAUCACCUGUCUCAUUCAGCCCUGUCCUCGCCCAAACCAUGGACCAUGAUGAACACUCUUGUCCCUUUAAAAAUCCCAAAGUGAACACUGUCACCCAGCCCAGCAAGAAACCUAAAAGAGAAACAAAUUCUGACAACAUUCCUCCUGGAUAUGAGCCCAUUUCCCUGCUGGAAGCUUUGAAUGGCCUCCGUUCCAUCUCACCAUCCAUUCCCUCAGCUCCUCUGUACGAUGAAAUCAACUACACCGGUGUGGUGGAUGGGCUGCCCCCGUCUGGCCGACCUCUUGUUGGGAUUGACAGAGCUGUGGAGAGUGGUCAUCAAAAGAACAAACGAAGCAAGUCUCCAGAUAGUACAUUAAGAUCUCCUUCAUCUCCAAUCCAUGAAGAAGAUGAAGAGAAGCUCUCAGAGAACUCCGAGUCCCAGCCAGCACUAAGUGGUGCUGAGCUGGUUUUGAGAGAGGGCAGCUCUCCAGAAAGCAUGACAGCUGAAGAAAUUGAGGAGGCCUCAUCUCUGCAGCAAGGUAGCCACCCUCCCUCUGGUGAAGACGUCCUGCAGGAGAGCAGCUGCAGUGAGCACAGGAGCCUUACGCAGUCUGAGAGUGACCUUCCAGUAGACGUGUACCUGCCAGGGUCAUCUGAUUUCACUACCAAGACCCUUCCAAGCCAUGGCGCGAACAGUCCCACUCAGCCCCUCCUCUUCAACCAGACACGUCUGCACCUGGAAGACGAGCAAAGCCUUCCCUGAGACUGUCUGGUCAUCUCUGCCCAGGCUACCAGGAUCCAAGACCACACACAUGAAUUCUUCUCUCCCUGUAGCUGUGGGGAGAGCUGCCCUGCUCCAGCUCAGAGCAGUGCACCUAGGCAAUGCUCUGAUCCUGGCUUCAGUGUGCUAAACCAACGUGCAAGUGCUGUGAGACUUGAAGGCUAGUGUCUCCCCUCUGUCCAGCAUCUGGCAGCCUCAGGAUCCUAGUACCCACUUUCCUGGGGAUCAGAAGAUCCCCUCACAGACUGGCACACAACAUUUGCACAGAUCGGGUUUUUAAGGACAUGCAUGGUUAAAGUACAUCCCCAUUUUGAUGAUCAUGGCACCAUUCCCCCAUAGCGGAGCUGGGUGGGGGUUGGUGUUGGUUUUUAUGUUGGGGAGGGGGGUGGGUUUGGGAUGAAAUGCAGUAAAUGAAGGACAGUACCUGUAUAUUUUGUACACACGCUGACUGAGCACAGCCUUUUGCUGUCACUGUUUCCUUUGUAUAUAGCUCAGCUGCGGCACUGGCAUACCUAAAAUCAGCUCUCUCCCAUCUCUGUGAUGCAACAGGACAGCACCACCUCCCUUACGCUCUGAUCUCUGCUUCCAUCUGACUUCCACUCUUGCCCAAACCAAGCUGUACUCCGCAGCAAAAGUGGGUUAGCUUCUCCUCCAGGGGCUUCUGCCCCUUCUCUGUGCCUUCCCAGGGAAUGGUCUGGGAAUGUGGUGGCAGGCUCAAGGCCCCCUGACUGCCUUGCAGCUAAUGCUUGCUCCCUGGGGCUCAAGUGGAAGGACCUGAAAGACUGGGCUUCUACCUCCUGUUCAGAGGCACAGGCUCAGGCUGUGCUGCUAAGGAUGUGAUGCCCACCCCUCUGGAAACCUGCUCCUGGUCAGUCUGUCCUGGCCAGCUGUAAGCAAGAUUCCAGCCUUUGCAGGAGGAUGACCUGGCCCAGAAUCCCCAGGUAGCAUAGCAUGGAGCUCCCCUCACACCCUGCUACUUGUCCCAGAGCUUGUCCUCCCAGGGUUACAGCUGAUGCUAGCCUGAGCAAGUGCCCAGCCCUGCAGCCAGCUUGUCACUUAGGGACCACAUGGGGAUGUGCUGGGCUGAAGGAGAGGGGUCAGAGUUAGCAAUUAAUUGAGGGAGUCCCCAGGGCAAGGUCAGCACCUGCUAGGUUCUGCCAGACUGAAACUAGGUGCUGUGCUGAAACUAGGGACGGUAAUCUUUGAGCUCCUCAAACAUAAAUCUCAGCUGUUACAGACCCCUAGGCUCUUCUGCACAAUGUCCUGACCAGUGCCAAAGCUCUGGACUGGACAGUUGUGCCCAACCCACAGUGAGUGGUAAUGGGUUCCUGGGGCCCGGUGCAAGGGGUGCUGGAGUCACUGGCUCCAGUGAGAAGACCGAGAGUCCCCUAGUGCAGGAUGAGGAGCCUGGUUCUUGGUCCUGGGCUGUAUGGGGCCAGCGCCUGGGCCAGAGGAGUGGAACCCUCAGCAAUGGACUCUACUGGGAGGAGACCCAGGAGUGAGUGAUGAGCCAUGGCUCACAGGCCCUGGCUGCUUAUACAUGUCCCUACCCUUCUCAUGUGUCCAUCCCUGCUGCCUCAGGCUGUGGCAGGGGGUUCUUUACAUACAGGACACUGAUAGCCUCAGUUUGUCCUCAGGCCACACAGUGGGUUGCCACAAUAGGGUGCUGUUGCUGGGCAGAGCCUGGGUUGGACCCCAAGAGCAGGUUCCCAUUAGACAUGUGGUGAUGGAGUUGGAAUGACCCUGCCUUGUUGUGUAUAGGAGGGCAGGGUGCCUUGGCCUGCACAAACCAGCACCACAGAGACACCGGGCCUGACUGCCUCACUCACAGGGGAUUCCUGUCACCGCUGGAUCACAGCAAGUCACUCUGAUGCAGUGGGAGAUCAGCCCCAAGCCUUCAUGGAUGAGUAGUGAGGUUCCAUUGCUCCUCCCUCCCAAAGUAUGUGGAGCCUUCCUGUGGAGCCUCCUCCCUCCCAAAGUAUGUGGAGCCUUCCUUCCACAGCCCAGGAGAUGGAGGAUUCCAGGCCACAGUCUGGGCCAGAGGGGCUUGGGGGACUGAGGCCAUCACAGCCUGCAGGGUGAGGGAGCCCCUGCACUAGAGGCAGCCUAGUGUGGAUUGCAGCUGGGCCUCUGCAUUUCCCCAGUUUGUGUGCCAGUGUCGCAGCCUUGUUUGUGCCCUUGCACCCACGAUGAUCAUGUUGCUCAGUGCCGUGGCCUUGCCGUGUGCCUUGUCCCUGCUUUCUGUGCUGUGGGGAGCUUCCCUGCACCUGGUGUUGGCCCAGCUGUGUUCUGGGGGUGGUGUGGGAGCAAGGGCAGCCUCAGGUCUCCCCUUGCCCAUAUCAGUCCUGUGGACAUGGCCACUGCUUGCUGCCUCCUCUGUGUCUCAGCACCCUCCUUCCUAGUGAGAUGGUGCCAGGGCUGCCCCUCUGAGCCGGAGCACAGAGCUGUCCAUCUCCACAGUGGCAGAGGGUUGCUGCAGGCUUCUGCCAGCCAGGAUCCUGUUAUUUCUAUAUUUAUAGUAAUAAAUCCAUGCAGCCAUACA